CUGGGCUCAUCACAGGAGACUAAAUCACCACAUUAUUAUUUUUUUAUAAUUUUAAAUUGCAAUUUACGUUUGCGUGAGACAGUUGAAGAUAAGACUAACUACAAAUUCUAGGUUGAAUCCUGUUUCCGAUUCCCAUUCCAAUCGAAGCAUUUCCCAUGGCAUUGCAAUUGCAUUUUCAAACCAACUCCAAAAACGGCGCCGCUUUGCUGCUUCCCAGAUCCUCAUCCUCGUCCACCUGGAUCGCUAACAAUCUGGUAAGUGUGAAUCAGAGCAGGAGAAUCGGAUGGUCAGGAGUUGCGUAUUGCAUUAGGAGCGCCAAUGGAAGUGAAAGUAGUAAGAGUAUUAAAAAAGUAGUCCCUAAUUCCAACUAUGUGGUGCCGCUCAACAGCUCCUUCUCUCCCACCAAUUCUUCGUGUAUCACUCGUCCGCUCGCUGAAAUUCUGCGAGAUCUUAAUAAGAGGAUCCCUGAUAAUGUCAUUAAUCCUCUUGAUAAAUCCAUUCCUUGGUAUCAUGCCAACAGGAUGCUGAGUUUCUAUGCACCUGGAUGGUGUGGAGAAGUGCGAGAUGUGAUCUUCUCUGACAAUGGGAAUGUCACUGUUGUAUAUCGACUCACUAUAAGGGGAUCUGACGGAGAGGCACAUCGUGAGUCAACUGGGACAGUAUCAUCAAGUGACAGUGACAUUGUAGACCCAGUUGCUUCAGCAGAGGAAAUAGCUUUCUGCAGAGCGUGUGCCCGGUUUGGUCUUGGCUUGUAUCUCUAUCAUGAAGAAUAGAUGCUAUAGACAAUGGGACGUUGACUUCCUCAAAAUAUAUCUAGUUGUUUGUUUACUUUGUUGAGAAAUACCUUCACGAAAUAUAUGUAGUUGCUUGUGUACUUCGAUUAGAAUUUAUCCUCGAAAUAUAUCUAGUUACUUGUUUAUGUUGUUAAGAACUCGAGUCAUUAUAAAUAUAUAUAUUUUCCAGUUGAUGUAAA